GACGUCUGUCAGAUAAGUCUGUUGGUGUUUUGUGUUGACUGCUGUUUUUAUUUAUUUUGUGCUAUUUAACUCUACUGUCCUACAUUUUUACCCAAGUGCCAGUUAUAGAAAGCAUAUACUUUGUGUUGAGUGUUGAGUUUGAAACAAACAUGACUGUUCAUAAGUGUGUUGGAUAUAGAACUCGCGCGAGCAGGGAGUGUGAACGCACGAAUCCGACAUCCUACUGCCAAUGCUGGUCAAAGCGAACUCCAAUGCAAUGGAAACAGCUGAAUACUUGUUCUUGUGGAGAAGAAUACGAUGUAAGCGAAUGGAAAUGGGAACAUCCAGCUGACAAUGGACUGAGUUGGGUGGUGAUCAGCGACGACCAGAAACAAGUGACGUUCCACCCGUUCUACAGCUCCGGCACGGCGGCCGUCCGGGGAGACACACCGAUGAAACUGGACUACCACUACUAUUGGGAAGUCAAAAUGCUGACUGAAACAUAUGGAACUGAUAUUAUGGUGGGCCUGGGUUCGGAAAAAGUGAACGUGUCAGACUUCCAGUUCAAGUUCACAUCUCUCCUCGGACUUGACACGGAGUCUUACGGGCUCUCGUAUACGGGGGCCGUUCGGCACAACGCCUCAUCCAGCGCUGAAUCGCCUGGUUUCUGUAGGGGGACCAUCAUCGGCGUUAGGGUCAACAUGUGGCAGGGGACCCUAGAGUUCUACCUCAACAGGCAGGCGCAAGGCAUAUCGUUCUACAACCUGCGGCGUCAUCAAGAACUCUAUCCAAUCAUCUGCUCCACGGCCGCGCAGUCGUCCAUGAGACUGAUAUACGCCGCCUCCUGGCGCGCGUCACUCCUGGUGGACGCAGCUAAGAUCCUGGCAGCCUCUGUAGACCAGGUCAAGCUGCCCCCCGGCCUGUUUUACGCGCUGCGCAACCAGUUCUGGCUCACGAUGCCUAAUGGAGCCAAGAUCCUAGCAGCUUCUGUAGACCAGGUCAAGCUGCCCCCCGGCCUGUUUUACGCGCUGCGCAACCAGUUCUGGCUUACGAUGCCCAAUGGAGAGUCCUGGCGCGUCUCGCUACUCGUGGACGCAGCCAAGAUCCUGGCAGCUUCUGUGGACCAGGUCAAGCUGCCCUCCGGCCUGUUUUACGCGCUGCGCAACUAA